AUGAACUUACCCGACACGGACGCAGAUUUAUCAUCACCCCCAUCCUCCAUAAUAUCAUUCUUAAGAGGACGUUCAUAUACGAUUGAGCUUGGUUGUGGGAACCACGCCAUCGACGCUCGUGGCUUUCACAUUUCGAACUCCCAAGGCUCAUAUUAUCGACACAUUUCCGCACCCAUCCUCGCACAUGCCACCGCUUUUGGCACCUACCCGAUCGACUACUGGCUGCUUCACAUGCGCAAGAAAUGCGAUGAGGCGAAACCUCAUUGCCUCCGUUGCCAAAAAUCCAAUAUCCAAUGUCCUGGAUACGUCUAUGUUACGAAUUUGAACAAACCAACUAGGCCUAGGAAACUUCGCACAUUUCCAGCGCCUCGUACUCUGGCUGGUCAAAUCCUCCUUACCACGUAUCAACACAUUCUCUUCCCAAACCCACAACAACAGAAAUCCCAACUACGGGACCAAACAUCAGUACGACAUCAAUUGGCCGUCUCAGAAACCCCAGGCAAUUCGUUGGAUGCCCCUCCAAUGAUGCACGAUAAUACACUUUCUGACGAUGUUGACUUGUCGAACCCAUGGGUAUUCCUGUCUUCAUUUAGCGGAUCGCUUCAGCAAACCUCCAACAACUUAGACAGUCUACUUGGGGUCGACCCCAAGCCCAUAAAUCCUGAGCCUAUUACAACCUUGCCGGAUAUCAGCAAUGAUGCACCUAUGACUCUUGGACAGGCUAGUCUUCUGGAUGCAUUGCUUGGUCUCGAACAACCAUCGAACUCAACCGUACAGCAUCCUCCCAAUACCGGUUCUCCCUUUGAUCCAAACUCUACUUCAACUGAAGACGAUAAUUUAAUUUCGGACGAUGAAGACUCAGAGGGAGUCAUUAGCAUAAUUUCCCGAGUGCCAGUGUUAGACAAAACGGCUGAGGGAAAUGCUCUUCCCUAUGUUUUGCAAAGCUAUGCCACGUGGAUUCGUCGAAUGGCUUUUGAUCCUAUAAGAAUGGUGCGCAUUGCUCGGGAUUUUGUAUUUGGACAGUUCGCUGGUGGAGAAGAGUCUCGCUGGUUGGUUACUCUUCUGGCCGAUAUUGGAAGUCGGAUCGCGAAUUUCGAGAUUACGGACGGGACGUAUGAUCCUGCGAUUUCAAUUCUUCAGAACACAGUGAUACGGCGCCUGGGCACUGUUAGAUCUAUUCCCAGCACGAAUGGAUCUGAACUGGUCCAGGCACUUGAUGCCGCACUCGAGACGAUAAUGAUAAACUUCUUCGUUAGCCCUCUCAGUGACGUUGUUGCCCUCAGAGAAGAAGCUGCACCUAUAUUCGGCCAACUGUGUCCAAACACGUCUAUCAGUUUACCCGCACUAUUCGUUCACCCCCUUGUUUGCCUUCGGCAAUAUGCUCAUGUUGACAUAUUCUUGAGCGUGGUUAUGGAUUUACCUACCAUGUUUCGGUAUGAUACUGUUGUCGGUGAUAGCCAAACCCCGGGUUCCAGUCAAUUGACAUUCGACGUCUCCGGCGAAAAUGGUAUUCAAUGGCUUCAUGGAAUUCCGGAUCCGCUGGUAUUACUUUUUGCAAAGUUCAAGUCUAUGAGAGAAGAUGGACUGAUACCAAGCGCCGAGGUAGUCAAGUACUACGAGCACGAAAUCAACAAUCUCCAACCGUUUCAAAGCCCGUCUUCCGACCCCAUUUUGGUGAUCAUGCGAUGUCUGGUGCAUGAAUGCUGGAAACAGGUAGCACAUAUCUACCUGUAUAUGGCAUUAUGUGGAGAUUCAGCCAACACGCCUCGCGUCAGACAGGUUUUUAAGCGGUUUCUCAAACUUAUGCUAAGAGUCAAGCCCGGACGCUUCCCUGAUGAGUUCUUAAUCUUGCAUUUCGCCCUUAUCGCACCUGCCACUAAGCGACAACGGGAUCACUCGGCUUGGAUGGACAAGAUGCUCUUUGAUCCCACGCGUGUAGCAGAUAAAACGCGGGACUACAUCAUACGUCAUUAUCACGAAUCUGAAGGAUCUCGACAAAUAGUGAUGCUAAUCGCAAAUAUCCUCAAGUCGAUUGCAUUCAACCCUAGCCUCGAUCCGGACUACUCCUGCAAAGCAUUGGCUUUAGAGCGAUUAAUCCGUCGGUCUCUUGCCCAAGUAGCCAACCGCCCAUUGAAUCCAUCCCGCGAAGUGGACGCCCGUGAAGCGAGGAAGGGGUUAUAUCAUACAAUAGAGUUCUUUGCUGCUUCGAGAUUCGCGCCUGUACAAAUGUCUUUGAACGUCUUGCGCGAAGCUGCGCCAGUAUUUCGCCGCGCCCUUUCCGGACCCCUAAACGAAUAUGUUCAUCUUCCUACUGCCCUCCUUCACCCUGAGCCUAAUAUCAGAAAUUAUCCGCUCAUGGAUAUAGUAUACAGUAUGGUAACGGGUUUGCCUACGAACGUCAAGUACAACACUGUCUGGUACCCUGGAGCUACUGGCUAUGCGUUACUUGUAGACGAUCAGGGGCAUCUAGGGAUGUCUUGGCUCAAUGGCCUACCCAACCAGCUCAUCGUCGUCCUGGCGCGCAUAAACGCACUAUCUGAGGAUGAUGGGACAGAUAGUGAUAUCGAGAUGGUGUAUGAAAUUGAAGAGAGUCUACGAACAUUAUACAAAGAAAUCGGGGAUCAUUCUCGCUUGCUACACCCCACAAACAAACUCCGAGUAGCUGUUCCAAGAGCAUGGUGUCAGGUAGCGUACAUCUACUUAUAUCUGAGUGUGUGUGGAGCCGAUGCAUCAGAUGCUCGUGUAGUAUGUGCUCAACAGGAAAUCAUGAGAAUCAUAAACUCUUGUGAACCAUCAUUGAACCUGGAUGUUCAUCUUUGUGUUUGCAUGAUAUUCGCUGGCGUUGUGACUUCCAACCCUGACGAAAGGAGCACGAUCCUCACCCGACUUUUUAACCUACCGGAGAACACACUUUUCGAUAGUGGUGUUCGCGCCGGAAUCCAGAGUUUGCAAGAUGUUUGGGCCCGAGCUGAUGUUGAAAGCCGUCCUGCCGAGUGGAAUGAUUACCGCCUCGCCGCCGUUCGAGUUGCCGAUGAAGAUGCGGACAGUGACCCAGAGCACAUUGAGGCUGUCAUAUGUGGCCAGCCGGUACUAGAUUAUAACCUGGAGAGUAAUUCCCUCCCUUUUGUUCUUCAUAGCUAUGCUAUAUGGAUGCGGCGAACUGUAUUUGACCCGUCACGAGCAGCCAGCAAAACAAGAGACUAUGUUGUUCGACAUUUCGCCGAGUCUGAGCAAUCACGAUGUCGCACUAUUUUAAUAGCCAACAUUUUCCGUUCUAUCGGCACCAACCCCGCAUUUGACUCGAGCUACCUUCCAAAACUCUCUAUGCUCCGGACUGCCGUUCAAGGAAAUUUAAUAGAUGCCGCGAAGCGUAAAACGAAUCCGUCUCGUGAAGUGCAGAGUCGAGAAUCGAUCCGCGCUCUGGAGCAAACUUUAGAGCUCAUCGCCGCAUCCAGAUACGAUGCAUUCCACGCGUGCCUCGGACUGAUGCGCGAGGCCGCGAUGGUGUUCCGCCGGGCAUGUCCAGAGCCGAUGGACCAACGAGUUCACCUCCCGAGCGUGCUCAUGCACCCCAACGCGAACAUGCGGCACUUUCCGGUCAUGGACGUAUAUUUCAGCAUGAUCACCGGUCUCCCCACGAUCCUGAAAUACGACACGUCUCUGCGGACGCCGGUCGAUGCGUCGGUGUUAUACAUCGAUAACCACCUCGGGCUCUCGUGGUUGUACGGACAGCCCGACCAGAUUACGUUGAUUCUGGCCCGUAUAAACUCGCUCUACCAGGAUUACGGAUCCAGUGUCGAUCCGGGUGUUGUGCGCGAGAUUGAGCGGGGGGUUGAAGAUUUUAAAGUCAACAGCGGGAGCUCGCCGGAUCCGUCUCUUCUUGUGAUGAGAUUGGUGGUUCAAGAGUGUUGGCGCCAGGUAGCAUACAUAUACCUCUACAUGACAUUGUGUAGUGCAGACGCAUUAGAUUCUCGAGUUCGGGCCGCGCAACGAAAGAUUAUGAAGCUCGCUACCGAUGCGAAACCGAGUGCGACUUUGGACAUGCACCUAGCGACUUGCAUAGCCGUUGCGGGAGUGGCCACUUUCCGACCGGCCGAGCGGAAGGUUAUCCUCGCGCGCUUGCGCGGGCUUCCCGAGUGUUCGAUACCGGAGAGCGGGUUUAGCACUUGCGUUCGGGUUCUGGGAGAGGUGUGGAGCCGCACCGAUAGGGAAAAUCGGGCUGCUCGCCCCCAUGGACCGACGAAUCGCGUCUCUUGUGCGGUCCGUGUUCGCUGCAAGUUGUCCCCGAAUCGCACAAUAUAUCCACAUUUGGCAAUUAUCCCUCUACACAUCUCCUCGUUGUCCCGCACGGAACACACCGCAGGCGAUCCUCGACUUUCUUCGGUAGGAACAAGCCUCGCCGCGUCGCCAGCGCAUGUCGCUUCUUCCUCGUUGGGCGUCACUCAUCAAAUACUGCAUUCCGACGACCUAUUCCCACCUUAUUUCAUAUCACGGCCGCCCGAGCAUAAUAACCAAGCCAUCCAAUGGAGUCCGGUCCAAUGCCUUGGUUCACUCGACGCAUUCCCCACAAUGCACCAGGAGCCUAUCGGAUCGUUCCCCGUGCUUGACGACUUGUUUUCUUGCCAGAUGUUUCCAGACGACGAUCCCAAGUUCUCCUCUGACUUUAUUCAGCAGCCGACACUUUUCGCGCAUGGGAAUUUUGUUGAUUUCUCGACUCAGCAGCAGGAGCACGGUAUUUGGGACGGAUGCAAAGUGCCCGGUCCCGACCAGGACCUUUCGUCAGAGCGGCAUAAUGCCUUUGUCGGACCUGGCAUGUCCCUGGGACAGAAUAGCUUGUACCAUGCGCUCAUGAGUUUAGAGCACACUUCCGACGAGUCCAACCCCCAUUCUCCCACUGCUGCUCAUUCUACCACACAUUCGCCAGACUCUACAAAAUCGCCGUCCCACGCAGACGACACGACCGAACUCGAAUAUUCUAACGAGGAUCCCGACGGAAUUGAAAUAUCUGUAUGCGGAAGCUUAACCUCGGGUAUUGGGUCCGACACUGGUCCUCUGCUGUUUGUACUCCAAAGCUCUGUGAUAGCUUUCAGUGCGAAUUACAAGCCUAUGCUCUUUGCGCUAGCAAAAGAAGUGCGCGAAACGCUCGUUCACUCGACGGGCUCUCUAUAUUCAGGCACUUCGUUCCUCUCCCUUCACUUGACACUCGAGGUUAAUCUUUUCUUCUUGACUGGCCCGGUCCACGAAGGUCUUCGAUUUAUGAAUGACAUAGCGCCCGUCCUUCGCCGAAUGUGCUCCAAUACCAUGUCUCAAUAUAUCCACCUGCCCAGUCUCCUCGAUCACCCCGAUCAUAAUUACGACGCGACGACUUACCCUCAAGGUCGUGCUCCUGGAUACACCGAGCCCGUAGGAGCCUGGUUGACCGGCCAGCCCAGCGAGCUAACGCUCAUCCUGGCCCGCAUCUCCUCGCUGCACGGAAUUCGGCAUCGACAUCGACCCGUCCAUCGUAGAAGAAAUCGAGUCCGAUAUUCGAGACUUCAAACCCGAUCCUGGACUUCGGCCGAACCUUCUCGAACGAUUGUCAGACUUGUCGUUUUGGAGUCUUGGCGCCAGGUAGGGUAUAUCAACCUGUACAUGCGGCUGUGCGGAGAGACUGCUCUCGGUCCUCGCGUUCAGGCCGCGCAAAGGAGGUUAAUGAAGUUGAUUACCCAUACGAAACCUGGUCAGAAGGGUGUUUUCCAUUUGGGCCCGUGUUUAGAGAUUGCAGGCCUAGUGACCAGCCGGCCGGACGAGCGUAGACAGAUUCUCCAACGUUUACAGAGUCUACCUCAUUCGCGAAUGGAAUCGUUUCUGAAACAUGGUAUCCACGUGCUCCAUGAUAUCUGGGCGAGAACAGAUGCCGAGGGGCGACCUGCUCGGCAGAAAAAGUGCGAUGAAACAAGACCGGCCUGUCGACGAUGCAAGACUGCAGGAAUCGAAUGUUCCGGAUACACCGACCCUGCCUAUCUCCGAUAUUCCGCCCCUGAGUACUCUCGGCCCAAGCACCUGCGCACGGUUUCCCGGGAUGGUAGUAGUGCUACUGCCAGUGCUUCACGUUAUGCCGCGGGACCUUUGACUCCUGAUGCUAGCGAUUCGUCAGUUUACGGGCGCCCAUGGUGUGCAUCCGCCCCACCGCCACCACCUCUUCCCUCUUCUUCUUCGUCGUCAUUGUCGGCGUCGGCGUCAGUAUCCGCCAACUACAAGCCGCCUCGUCCAAAGCAAAUCGGAAGAACCGCGCGGGACCCAAUUACGUACACGGCACCAUCGUUCCCGGGGUUAUUCUCGGACCAGUGGUCGGAUGCUCCCUUUUUUGGCCCUGCUCCUUCCUACGCAAGGAUCGAAGAGGUGGAUUGCGAUGAAGUUGGUGUUGUUGGAUCUACUAGUCGAGUUGAUGUGCAGGGGUCUGUGCCGGAUGGUAUAGUGGUGCAAGCGCCUACUCCGCCUCACGAGCCCCUCGAUUUGCCUGCUGUGCCUGGUACUGGUACUGGUGCGGACUCAGGCGGAGGUGCAGCCGGGCGUAGUUUGGCUCCUCGGUCGUGGCAGAAGCGUGCUCGUACGCCCAUGACGUCGGGACAAGCGAGUUUGUACGAUGCUCUUUUCAGUCUUGCCCGGCCCGGGGAAGAUUAUUAUAACCCCCCGCCUCCGCCGCCAAACCCGACUUGGACUCCUGCGUUGCGAAAUUCCGGGGAAUCACUCUUGACUCCGCUUACGGAAGGAGGACUUGAACGGCGACUGUAUUCUGUGUCGGACUACUCGGAUGAUGGGGAUAGGGAGGACCCUGAAGAUCCCGAGGGUGUCAAGGCUAUUAUGCUUAGGUCCUUGCCGUUGGAUUGUAAUGUGAAGAGCAAUACGUUGCCAUUUAUGUUGGAGUCUUACGCCAUUUGGAUUGCCCGAAUGAUAUUUGAUCCCCUUCGGGUAGCUGCCGUCGGCAGAUACUAUGUCUUUCGUCAGUACGAGCUUGGUGAGACGACACAACUGCGAAUGCUGCUGGUAUCCCAUUUUGCGAGAACGGUCGCCAGAAGCACCGACUAUGAUCUCAAUAAUUUACCAAGUCUUGUCCGAUUCCGGGAUCACAUGUCUGAGUCGUAUCAUACUGCAAAUGCACUUUCUACUCGUAAUCGCUCGCGCGAGCUUGAUUUGAACACGGCAGCCCGUGCGUUUAGUCAUUCGUAUGAGGUGCGUAUUCAGAUUGAUACAUUUAGCAAUAACUGA